AUGAGGGCGUGCUGUGACCUGCAACGUCUCGCCCAACUGAGCAACUCGACAUCAAGAUGCCAUGAAGCAUUGCCCUAUUCAGUGAAACUCCUCGCUUGCAACGGAGCGACCGCCUCAGCCCUAAUGGCUCGUGCGUCGCUCUCUUUUAUUUCUUUCUUUCUUUCUUUCUUUCUUUCUUUCUUUCUUUCUUUCUUUCUUUCUUUGUUCGUUUGUUUGUCUGUUUCUUUGUUUCUUUCUUUCUCCCUGCUUUCUUUCUUUCAUUCUUUUUCCAUGCUUUCUUUCUUUCUUUCUUUCUUUCUUUCUUUGUUCGUUUGUUUGUUUGUUUGUUUCUUUCUUUGUUCGUUUGUUUGUCUGUUUGUUUGUUUCUUUUUUCUUUUUCCUUUCUUUUCUUUUUUUCUUUUUCCAUGCUUUCUUUCUUUUUUUUUUCUUUCUUUCUUUUCUUUUUCUUUCUUUCUUUUUUUCUUUCUUUUCUUCUUUUGUUUUUGUUUGUUCUUUUUUUUCUUCUUUUUCUUUCUUUCUUUCUUUCUUUUUUUUCAUUUUUUUUCUUCUUUUUUUCCAUGCUUUUCUUUCUUUCUUUCUUUCUUUCUUUCUUUCUUUUCUUUCUUUCUUUCUUUCUUUCUUUCUUUCUUUUUCUUUCUUUCUUUUUUGUUCGUUUGUUUGUCUGUUUGUUUGUUUUAUUUCUUUCUCCCUGCUUUCUUUCUUUUUCUCCUGCUUUCUUUCUUUUCAUUCUUUUCCAUUAUUUUCUUUCUUUCUUUCUUUCUUUCUUUCUUUCUUUCUUUCUUUCUUUUUUUUUCGUUUGUUUGUCUGUUUGUUUGUUUGUUUCUUUCUCCUGCUUUUUUUCUUUCUCCCUGCUUUCUUUUUUUUUUCUUUUUUGCUUUCUUUUCUUUCUUUCUUUCUUUCUUUCUUUCUUUCUUUCUUUCUUCGUUUGUUUGUUUGUUUGUUUCUUUCUUUCUCCCUGCUUUCUUUCUUUCUCCCUGCUUUCUUUCUUUCAUUCUUUUUCCAUGCUUUCUUUCUUUCUUUCUUUCUUUCUUUCUUUCUUUCUUUCUUUCUUUUAAGCACUUCCCUUUCUUUCUUUCUUUCUUUCUUUCUUUCUUUCUUUCUUUCUUUCUUUCUUUAAAUCAUUUUAUUAUUCUAUCUAUGGGUUGUGAUAUCUAUCUAUCUAUCUAUCUAUCUAUCUAUCUAUCUAUCUAUCUAUCUAUGUGCAAGUGUGGCAUCUGA